UCGGCCCCUCGGCCCUUCGGCUCUUCGGCGCUCGCGGGGGCUGCGCCGGCCCUCCGCGGCCUUCCGCCGCGCUCUCUACAGCUCCCUCCGCUCGUCCGCGUUUAAUUUCCCCUUUUUCCUCAGACACUUCCGGGUCCGGCGUCGCUCCGGAAGCCCGCGCGUCCCGGAAGCCUGGGUAAUCCCGGUUCUGCUCGGAGAGGCCGAGCUUCCCGGAGAAUGUUUCAGAGAAAGUUACGUGGGCCGGGGGCGUUCCGCAGACUCGUCAGAGACCUUCCGAGAAGACAUGGCUUCCAGAGAAGAGAAGACAAAGAGGACAGACAGAGUGCUAAGAAUAAGUCAGUUGGAUGCCCUUGAACUCAACAAGGCCCUGGAGCAGCUGGUUUGGGCCCAGUUUACUCAGUGCUUUCACGGGUUUAAGCCAGGACUGUUAGCGCACUUUGAACCAGAGGUGAAAGCGCUCCUGUGGCUUUUCUUGUGGCGAUUCACCAUCUACUCUAAAAAUGCCACCGUGGGACAGUCUGUUUUGAAUAUUCAGUACAAAAACGAUUUUUCCCCGAAGCUGAGGUACCAGCCGCCGAGUAAGAAUCAGAAGCUGUGGUAUGCUGUGUGUACGAUUGGCGGGACGUGGCUAGAAGAGCGCUGCUACGACCUAUUUCGAAACCGUCACUUGGCGUCGUUUGGGAAAGCCAGGCAGUGUGUGAACAUCAUGGUUGGACUUCUGAAAUUAGGCGGGCUGAUUAAUUUCCUGAUUUUCCUUCAGAGGGGCAAGUUUGCAACUUUGACAGAACGUCUCCUAGGCAUUCGUUCUGUAUUUUGCAAGCCCCAAAACGUACGUGAGGUUGGCUUUGAGUAUAUGAAUAGGGAACUUCUCUGGCAUGGUUUUGCAGAGUUUCUGAUUUUUCUCCUUCCGCUUAUCAAUAUCCAGAAGUUGAAAGCUAAGUUAUCUUCAUGGUGUAUUCCUCUUACCGGUGCUCCUACCAGUGACAAUACACUAGCCACAAGCGGCAAACAGUGUUCUCUGUGUGGAGAGUGGCCCACCAUGCCUCACACCAUAGGAUGUGAGCAUAUCUUCUGCUACUACUGUGUUAAGAGUAGUUUCUUAUUUGACAUGUACUUUACUUGCCCUAAGUGUGGCACAGAAGUACAGAGUCUGCAGCCACUGAAAUCAGGAAUCGAGAUGUCAGAAGUGAAUGCUCUUUAGAAACUAAGAUUGUUUCCUCUGAGGAAAACUGCAUUAUGUUCAAAUCCUUAAUACUAAUCAUCCUGAGCAUACUGUUCAGGUAUCUUUUAUGAGGGGAUGUGCUGCUCAGCCACCGUCUUCUGUUCCUUUCCAAAUAUGACUAAACUCUAAUCAUUAGGAAGCACGUGAUUCUGAAUCUAGUAUGUAAACAAUAAUGUGUUAUUUUUCUUUAAAUCAUUGCAUUCAAUUUUUAAUGUUGAGACUAAUGGACAGUUGUUAUUGGACUACCAAAAAUGACCUUUCAUUUUGCUACUUCCUAGAAAGAGGUUAGAUUCUAAAGCGAUUUUGGAGACCCUGGGAUGAAUGUGUAUUUAAUUGCAGAGAUGGCAUUAUAGCAUCAUAAUCUGACAAUGAUAAGACCCUCUUGUUUUGAGCCUUAACAUCUAGCUCACCCAUUGUAAUUUUAAGCUUUUCCCUAAAACCUGUUUUCAAGGGGUUCAGUUGGCUUCGUCCUGGGGCAACAUGAUGGCCCCCAGAAGCUCCACACUGACAUUCCACCAGCUUCCUGAUCCUGCUGGAAUGAGAGCUUCUUACAUAAUAGCUCCAGCGAAGUCCAGGAGCUCACUGUCAUUGGUCUGCUUGUGAUUACGCAUUUGUGAACCAGGACAGAAAAGUUCUACUCUGAUUACUAGCUGUGUACCACGUGGACCCAUAGUAGGAGAGCAGACAGUUCACCACAGGAAACCCGGGUGCCAUUAUAAUAGCGGGUGUUUGGCAGCUCAAAACAAUAGAUCCUUACUAGACUCUACAUCUGCCUUUUUUAUAUCAAAGGUCCAUAUGCA